AUGGGCAGAGUGAUGGUUGCCAAGUCAGAGGAAUGCAGACAUGUCAUGGCACAGAGUUUGACUCAGUUGCCAGACACACUCCAACUUCAUGAGCAGCUAUCUGCCGAGAUUCCUGUGGCCAGCAGCCCCAUCACCGCCAGAUGGCAGCCAAGCCCAGCCAGGGACCUGGAAAGCUCUUUCUCUAUGGAGGAAGGGCCUGUCUCCCACAUCCUGGAAUCUCUGGGAUCUGGACUGAAGACAACACCAGCAGCAGACCCCCGAACUCGAUGUGAGCUCAGAUUCUACAACAAAGAUUCACUGAAAACCCCAGGUAAAGGAAAUUCUGAAAUGAAUAACUCCACUCUUCAUUUUUGCAAGACACCUCUUGCAGGGGACAGAGGCUGGAAGGAAAAUGUUGCCACCAAAAGCUAGAAAUGCCUAAACCAGCUAUUUUCAACACAGAAGGGAGUUCAGCAAAUCGAUGGGAAAAUUCGUCUCUGUGAGGAGUCCCGGUGUGUCUGGACAGGCUGUAAAGAUGGAGCUAGAGAUGAAUUCUAUCUUAGGAUAUUCAGUGGUGUCUGCCAUUCCAUAUGCCAACUGAAGGUGAAGAUUCAUCUCACUGGUCUUUGAAAUGACUACUGUAAGCCAAUCCUGGACUGGAGUUCUCAAAAUCUUGUUGCUAUAGCCCUCAGAUCCUCUGUAUACAUCUGGGAUGGGCAAAGCCACAGUUGGAAGGAAAAUAUAAACUUAAGUGUCUCCUGUCAUUAUGUGUCGUCUGUGUCCUGGAUAGAGGGAUCAUGCCUGGCUCUUGGCACCAGCCAUGGAGAAGUGCAGUUAUGGGAUGUGAUCACUAAAAAGCAGCCGAGAAACAUGCUUGGUCACUUGUCAGUAGUUGGAGCCUUGAGCUGGAACCAGUGCACCCUCAGCAGGUCCUAGGUUCUCUCCCAAUCUGGGUCCAGACUGGGGUGUGUCCACCACCAUGAUGUUUGGGUGGCCCAGCAUCAUGUCAGAACACUUCACCACAAGGAGGCUGUGUGUGCUCUGAAAUGGUCACAUGGCAGGCUGUUUUCCAGUAGGUGUAAUGAUGGAUUACUGGCAAUAUGGCCCCAUGAUCCAGGGACCAAUGUGCAAGGCCUGCCCCUGAAAGUCAUACCUCAGUCCACAGCAGUUAAGGCCAUGGAGUGGUGUCCCUGGCAAUCUGAAGUCCUUGCCAUUGGAGGAGGCAUGAAGGACGGAUGCCUGCGUGUUUUAGGUGUAAAUUCUGGGAAGAGCACUCAGACUCUGAGCACACACUCACGGCUUGUCUGUCCUCUUCUCUUUUUUAACCAGAAGCUUUGCCUUCUAACCCUGCCUCAGCUUAUAGGCCAUUCGAUUGCUAUUGACAGAGGUCACAGAGACAGAAUGCUGCAUUUGGCCCUGAGUCCAGACCCAGACAGCCCAUUUUCUGCUGCUGCAGAUAGAACAGCAUGUGUGUGGAAGUGCCACUAG